CUAGCAAGUAUCGUGUUGAAAAUAUUUUGGAAAUUGAUGAUUUUAUAAUGAAUCUCAACGAAUCCACCUCAAAUACGGUGCUUUGUAAGGCUGUUUUGGCGUCGCUUGUGACAAAUUUUCAACUUUACAAACAAGACUUACAGGACGAAAAAAAGAAAGCUUUUUUUUCCGCACGACUCGAAAAUUUCUAUGUGUAUUUCAACGUAACAGAUGAAGAAAAAGUUGGCAUUUUGUUAAAGAUACUCCAUCAAUACUGCCUAGCUCUAAAAAGCAUUUGUGGGGCAGGAUGUUUGAGCUGGGAAGCACAAGUGUCAAGUGCAAUAUGGAUUUUAAAGAGGAUUCAACCUUCAAUCCACGAUCAGUCGUGAUAAAAUGCGACUCAUCAUCAUUGAUAAUCGAGUAUUCAAUGCAAACAAAGCAACGCUUGGUUACUUUACUAAAUAUUGGAAAUAUAAAACAGCUUCUACAAACAACGCGUUCACAUGAUUCGAAGAAAAAGACUUUCGUCAACUCUCGUGUCUUAUUCAAUUAUGAUUUCUCUAUCCACGAUAUAAAUAUUGUGUUCGUCGGAAAAUGCAAAGAUGGUAUAGACUCUAUGUUUGCUCGCAUUGAUAUGGUAUCUGUGAAGAAAGAAAUUGAUGCGAUACAGAUUGGUGCACAUGAGCUUAAGAUUGCUAGACUUGAAGUGUUCGAAGAGAAGUCGUUUUGCUGUUCAAAAUCGUCAGAAGUUGCGGAAAGUUUGUUGUCUUUGACUUCUGCGGCCGCCAAGAUCAACUUAGAGGAUGCCAAUGUUUAUCUUUCAACUAUUAAAGUCAACUGGGACGUUGAAUCUCACAUGGUGCUACAUGAUGCGAUAUCUGGGAUAAUGGAGGAUACCACAGAACUAAAAGGAAUGAUUUCCUCAAUGGAAGAUACGAGAGAAAGUGUAACUUUGUCAUAUAGUCAACUUCAGAUCACCAUGCAAGACGUCAACUUUACGAUGAAUACUUCAGCUGCUAACAGUUUUGGCUUGCAGUUUUCUGCAGUACUAUCGCUGGACGAUCAUGAAAUGAACGCUAGAAGCUCCAAAGUUGAUGUCUUGUUUGAUGGGAAAAUAAUCGUCUCGCUAAAGACACUGUUAUUGAAGCGAAUGCGAUCAAAUAACGACGUGACGUCAUUGCGUAAUAGCGUGGAAGGAUUUGAGAACGGCAUCAACAAUUUAUGGUUGCUGGAAGGUGAUGUUUACGUGUUUUUCCCUUAUCGCUUUAAUUUUGCCGAGUCAUUUGACAAAUUGCUUAUUGUGAGCAAAUUUCUGCGGCAACUAUACAAACGUCCAAUUGUGAAAGAUAAAGAUGAACUUUAUGCAGACGUUUGGGUGAAACUUAAGAAAUUAUCUUUUGAGAUUGAAGAUGAUCCGUUUGAAGUGAAACUUGGAAAAAAUUAUGAGUUACUCUGUGACGAAGCCUUGCAAUGGACGGAACGAGAAAGGCUGUUGGAAGAGAGGAUUAGCGAGAAACGAAAGAAUCCGGGCAAUUUACUGUCAGACAAGAAGGUGGAAAGUCUGUACGUUAGUUUAAGUGAAAAGAAAUCGAAAAUUUACAUCGAAAGGUCACUGAAGUUAUACGAAGUGGACAAGCGUACACGCUUGUGUUGUUGGGCAUUCGAAAACGUGGAUUUAAUGGUUCUCGCGGAUGAAUCAAUGAAUGGAAGGGAUAGAAUUAUUCCUGAUAUAAAGCGUAUUGAUAAUGCGAGUCCUCUGCCAUCCGAUAUUCAGUUUACAAGCCUUUGGUCUCGUUACAUUAAAGGGACUGUUUCAUCUUCAAAGUUCACUCUUCGUGAUUACGAACAGCCGUUGUUUCAAUGCGAGGCAGUUACAAUAUCUGGGCAACUGAUUGGUGCGGAGCAAGUGUCACGCGACAGAGCUACAAGAACAAGUGUCGUAAAAAUACGUCAGCCUUGGGGUGACAAGGAAAUAAUUCGUGGAAUGAAACCUUUGAAGUAUUUCCACGAUUUGACUUUCGAUUUCCGAAGACUUGAGAUGACCUGGGGUGUUGACAUACAACCUGCGUAUACCAUGGUUGGCGUCGCUUUUGAACACAUUAAUCGCGCUAGUGUUGAUCCUAGUCUCGGAUUACCAUUUUGGGAUAAGAUGCGUUUGUUGCUUCAUGGAAAACUUGUUAUGAACAUCGACGAAUGCCAACUCAACUGGCGAGCUACGAGAAAUCCUUAUGAUAAGUCCGAACUGCUCGAAAUAGAGUUGAAAGAUGCGGGACUUGAGUGGACUAAUGCUUGCUUCCAGAUUUUUGGUGAUCUCGACCUUUCUACAAGGACAGCCUCAAAAUACGAUGAUUGUUGCGUCCUUCACUUACCUGCCUUAAAAUUCAGAGCGGAUCUUGAAUGGCAUUGUAGAGAUGGAGGUGAUGCAAACAAUCACUAUAAUAUCCAUCCUUGUGCCCCUGAUAAACUACCGGAACUUCCCUCUGGAAUGCUUCAUGAUUCGUACGCUGCCUUUCGCUCUCAAAAUAUCAGUCUGGAUUUGUCUUUUGACGUUGACGCUAAAAAACUCAAGAAAAAAGAUGCGCCCAGAGUACUGCUAUUUGCAAGCACCUUUCGAUGGUUUCAAAAUUUUCAGGCUGUUGUUUGGCGAAAUGUCUCUCGUCCUAUACGAAAAGGAGCAAUUUUUAACAGAAUGCAGCCUCAACAAAAACCUUUGAGUCGACAUUACAGAAACCUUGGACUUCAUUUGAAAUUUCCCCAGCUGAGCGUCUUUUAUUGGGGCUCGGUGACACGACAACUUGGGGCCGAAUUGAAUCUUGGUACAGGAAGUCUUAAUGCCGUCUACAAAGUUAGCCUUGUCGAACACAACGAUUGUUUAGUCCGCAGACCAGCUGCGAAUUGGAGCAUUAUAAAACUUGACAGCGAGAUCGAUGAUGUCACUUGCUACGUCGUCGGCAUUGAGCAAGUUUCAAAGGAGGUUGAUGUUGAGAGCGAGAGAGAGACUCGACCGGAUUAUUUGGUGGACGCUUUAAAAGCCGAAGAAGCUGAAAGAGAGCCAUCCAAAUUCUUCCUUGGACACGUUGACAGGCUUGUUUACAAUAGAAAAGAGUUCGAUACCUCUCGUGAGAGAAAUGAUGAAGACGAUAGUUCAUUUCCAAGUGAUGAAGAUUUUACGCAUAAUUUGGUCUGUGACAACUUUCGCGGUGUGUGGACGCUGACCAAUAGGAAGCUUAGCUUUGGCCUUAUCGAAACGUACACUCGUUCCCAGCAAUUAAAGAAGGAUUUAUCCGCUGAUGCUUUGAAAUUUGUUAAAGUUGAUGAUCGCAACACGAAUCUAGUUGUGGACCAGACCUCUCCUGAUGUUAGCGUUCGCAGAAAGUCAUCAAUCCGUCAACUGUCAGCGAACCAGUCGACCUAUGACGAUGUCUUCGCGAAAGGCCUCGGUGGAAUAAAUGAAUCCGACACUACGGACAGUCCUGUUUCUUCAAGACGACCUCGUUACAAUUCUAAUGACUGUCUCCUUGAACAACUUGUUUCCGAGUUAUCGGAUUCCACGAAAGUCUACGUUCAUACAGAAGAGAACACAAGCGACGAGAGUCAAUCAAGUGGUUACCUACUUUGUAACACUGAAGACGUCCAUGAACAACGCUGGCAUUUUGAAUUCAUCAACUCUCAAGUAAUGUUGAAAGGGUUGGAGCAUUGUGGCUGUCUGCUGGUGACCGCUGGUCGCACUGAAGUGUCAAAUCGCUUGCAUAGACCUACCCAAACUGGCAAGAAGCUUUUGAAUAAGAUCACAUGGAUGGGGCAUCUUGAAAAUAUGCAGUAUUUCUGCACCGUGGGCUCAAGCGAAGAAGUGACCAACACGGACAAUGUAUGGCUGGAUUCCACCACGAUUCGUACUCGUCGGAAGAACACGGGCAUCGACUUAACUGAUUUGACUUCUGUCCUUGGCUCCGGUGAUGAUAUUGGUUCAUUGGUAGGUAACAUGGUACACAGCAAUACAAAACUUCAGAGGAUUGUUACUCAGUGUGGAUGCGAUUUCUAUUAUGUGAGUUUUAAUGAUGAACUUGAGGAUGGUUUACAAGGUGUUCCUGCGUCAAUUACACCAGCACCUUCACCAUCUUCAAGACUUUAUGACAAUCAAACGUCUUGUUCUCCUGUCAAUACAUUUACUUUGAGGCAUCCAGUUUUAGAGAUUUGUAUAAACUCGGCACAAUACGCUCUAAUUUUUGACAUUGUUAGCAACAUUCUUUUAUAUACGGAACCACAAAAGAAGGAAUUUUCGGAUUUGGAACAACGCAUGGGUUUCUAUUUUCAACUCAACACUGCUGAAGACCUCAAGGGAACCAUAUUGAAUGUCCAAAAUAAUGUGAGAGCGCGCAUCAUGAAUUUAAAUGAACGCCGUCGUGUCUUGCACAAUUUGAAUGAAAUAUUGAAAGAGAAGGAAAAAACGAAAAACCUGAAUGAAAAAACGAAAAACGAGAACGAACAAUGCUAUGACGUCGACAUUCAAGACCUAUACGCUGAAAGAGUAAAGUUAGAAGUGGAAGUCGCGGAAAUGAAAGCAACUCUGAACGUGUAUAGUACAGAUUUGCGUAUAAUGAUCAGUGCGUACAAAGAUUUUAUGACGGAUCGUGUAAUGCUUUCACCUGAGAAAGCUCGUACGGGUGAGUUGUUGAAGGUGGUUGAAGUGAUUUUGAAUCGUGUUUCAUGGAGACUAACACAACCCGAUGGACAAUUACAGAUUGUUGAUGCUAACCUUAUGGAUUUAAGGUAUACUAAUUUGACGAUGACGGAUUCCGCCGGAGUUCAUUCUUUGGAAAUAGGAAAUUUCAAUAUGACAAACCUGAUGCCCAACUCUCCGUAUAAGAAUGUUAUCACUCCGAAAGGAGAAAGACGAGUUGGUAAAGACAUUGCCGUGAGAAUGUAUUGUCGAGUCAAAUCACCGGUCGGUGGCAUUGGCGUAAAAGAUCAUUUCGAAGUGAACCUAUGUCCCUUAAAUGUUGCUUUCACUCACAGACUGUACACCUUGAUGAUGGUAUUUUUUCCUGGUCGCGCUCAUGAGGGUGGUAGGGUGUCCGUGGAGGAGUAUGAUGGGGUAGCAUUUGGAGGGUUCGAGCAACCUCAACAGAGUGACAAAGACGUUUUUCACGAAGAACGGAUGACAUCGACACAGAGUUCGUCACGUCCUAAUAGUCUUGCUCUUUCGGAUCUAUCCUUAAGUGAUUCUCCGCGAAGCAGGAUAUCUACUCAAGCGUCGAGAGCCCUUCGGCACUAUCUUCUCCUGUUGGUUCGGAAAAUAAGAAACCUGGAACGAGCAGAUUUUAUGCCAGUUUAUCCGAGACGGCUUCGAAAGAACUUGACAAAAUGAAGGAGCGGGCGGCACAAACAAAUAACUUCGUGUAUGUGAAAAUUCCUGAAAUUCCAAUUUGUUUCAGUUACAAGGGCGAGAAGGAGAAAAAUCUGGUCGAUGUUCAUAACUUUCGAUUGAUAUUACCUACGUUGCAUUACCAGAAUAGAACAUGGACAUGGUUGGAUCUCAUGAUGGCUGUAAAGAAAGAUUAUAAACAAGUUCUCGUUGGACAGUUAAUAAAGGAAAAAUUACACUGGAAAGUAGGAGAUCACAAAGAAAUUAAAGAACCCAUGGCGUAAG